AGCCACGCCCAUCCACGGGCAUCUGCCCUUCUCAAAUAUGGUGGCCGCGGCGCCCCUGGGAGCGCACCGCUCUGGGCCCCGCCUGUGAUCUCGUUGGCGGGGCCGGGGAAUGAGAGCUGCACCGCGCGGGACCGGUAGCUGGCGGCGCCCGACGGAGCAGAAGAGGAGAGAAAAUGGAGCUGGAGAGGAUCGUCAGUGCAGCCCUCCUUGCCUUUGUCCAGACGCACCUCCCAGAGGCUGACCUCAGCGGCUUGGAUGAGGUCAUCUUCUCCUAUGUACUUGGGGUCCUGGAGGAUUUGGGCCCCUCGGGUCCAUCAGAGGAGAACUUCGAUAUGGAGGCUUUCACUGAGAUGAUGGAGGCCUAUGUGCCUGGCUUCGCCCAUAUCCCAAGGGGUACAAUAGGGGACAUGAUGCAGAAGCUCUCAGGGCAGUUGAGUGGUGCCAGGAACAAAGAGAACCUGCAACCACAGAGUUCUGAGGUCCAAGGUCACGUACCCAUCUCCCCAGAGCCCCUGCAGAGGCCUGAACAGCUCAAAGAAGAGACUAGGGCUUCUCCUGCUGCUGGGGAUACUCAAGAUGAGGCAGCCAGUGCUGAGGAGGAGCUGCUGUCAGGGGUGGAUGUACUCCUGGAGGUGUUCCCGACCUGUUCGAUGGAGCAGGCCCAGUGGGUGCUGGCCAAAGCUCGGGGGGACCUGGAAGAAGCUGUGCAGAUGCUGGUAGAGGGGAAGGAGGGGCCUCCAGCCUGGGAUGGCCCCAACCAGGACCUAUCCAGGCGCCUCAGAGGCCCCCGAAAGGAUGAGCUGAAGUCCUUCAUCCUGCAGAAGUACAUGAUGGUGGAUAGUGCAGAGGAUCAGAAGAUUCACCGGCCCAUGGCUCCCAAGGAGGCCCCCAAGAAGCUGAUCCGAUACAUCGACAACCAGGUAGUGAGCACCAAGGGGGAGCGAUUCAAAGAUGUGCGGAACCCUGAGGCCGAGGAGAUGAAGGCCACAUACAUCAACCUCAAGCCGGCCAGAAAAUACCGCUUCCACUGAGCCGUUCACCAGACUCCGCUACAGCCUUCUAGGCUCAGAUCCCAGAGGGAUGCAGAAGCCCUACACCACCACACAGGGCCCACUCUAACUCCUGACCCCUUCUCUACAUCUUCUCUUACCUCCUUUCUCCACCAUGUUAACUUCUCAGAGCUGCCCAUGGGCACAGUAAAGGUAGCCCCAAGGA